UUUAUAUAAUGUGAAGAGUUGAACUUGUGGUCAGCAGUAUAAAUUGAGGUUAAAGACCAGGUGUAAUCAAAUCAAAACUUUUAUUCAACAUGAUCCGUCUACUUCUGUGCUGUCUAUACUUUGUGGCAAGCCUUGCGAAGACCCCUGGGUGGAACCUACUGUUUGGAACUUCAGUAUUAAACGAGACCCACAAAUAUCCACUAUACUUUGACAACCCCGUACCAAAAUGGAUUAAAGGCUCACUGAUUCGGAACGGACCCGCGAGGUAUGAAAUGGGAAGACGGUCUUUCCUGAAUCUUUUUGAUGGCUUUGGGAAAUUGUAUUCAUGGCAAUUUCCAGGCAAUGGUUCAGCCUUCUUUUCAGCAAAAUUUCUUGGUAGUGAAUGUUACAACGAAUCACUGAAAAUAAAUGACAUAGCCCCCUACCAGACAUUUGACGACCUGGUUCCGCCCAUGAGCUUCUUUGAUAAAGAACUUGCUUUGCAUCACGGUUUAGACAACAUGAACAUCAAUGUAUAUAACUUCUCUGGAGACUGCGUCGUUCUCAGCGACACCUGGAAACUGUAUGUAGUAGACUGCUAUACUCUGGACACAGUUCGUCCGAGCAAACCAGGUAUUCCGGGAGUAGAAACCGGAUUUCCUUAUAUUAGUAUAAUGUCUGUGGCACAUCCUGUUAAAGAAUACGGCAAAAAUGGUCACCUCACCAUUCUGCAGAGCUUGAACAUUUUACCCGAUAUGCGUCAUAAAUUUACCUUAGUUCGAACAAAAUCGGCCGAUGUUCGUGAAAAGAUUGCCGAAUGGGAAGUUAAAAAGAUGCCUUAUCUGCACUCGUUUUCUACCACAAAACGAUACGCUAUUAUUUUUGGAUGUCCAUUUUACAUUGAUAUUGAAAAGAUGUUGAGAUACUCUCUCCCAAAAUAUAGCAUUUCAUUUCAUAAAGACGAGCCAACUAUAACAUAUGUUAUAGACCUAAAAACUGGAAAGGUUGUAACGAUGGAAACAGAAAAUAUAUUUUCCAUGCAUCACGUCAACGCUUACGAACUGGACGACACCACCCUUGUAAUGGACGUAGUCUCUUAUCCUGAUGCGUCGUUGACAAGUUUUUUCGAAAUGGACAUUUUGAUUAACAAGACACGACGGGAUAAUGUGCCCUUUAAACCUGAUCUAAGAAGGUAUAAAAUAGACUUGAAAGCCCCAAAAAUGACCCCUGUUUCAUUUGACAAAAACCCAAAGUUUCCUUUUGUCAACAUGCUAGAAGUUCCUACUAUUAAUGAGAAGUAUAGGUCAAAACAUUACUGUUUCGUAUAUGGCGUUGUUUUCAAGAGCGACAACAAGAUAUGGGGCAAUUUUUCUUUCGUUAAAAAAGACGUCUGUAACGCGUCCGGAGAUUUGUCGUGGUCCAUUCCUGGUCACUAUCCUAUGGAGGGUUGGUUUGUUCCGAAUCCCGAAGGCUUGUCCGAAGACGACGGUAUUCUCAUGGUGCCAGUUCUGGACGGAAACCUCGGCAAAAGUUACAUUUUACUCCUUGAUCCAAAGACAAUGAAACCGAUCACCAAAGCCAUCGUUCCUUUCCAAGUUCCUUUUCAUUUUCAUGGUAGAUUUAUUGAAAAUGUAUUUUAAGACACAUAAAACUUCAGCGCGUGUUUGACAUAAUUUUUUUUUUUGAUAUUUCUGUGUGUAAUGUAUUCUUAAAAUUGAACAUAUACAAUUCAGUAGUUUAAAUGAUUAAACAGUUUUAAUUUCGUACUAUGUAUGAUUAUUUAUGAAUAAAA